AUGCCACUCCACUUGGGAGAUGUUUUCCCCAAUUUCGACGCUGAAGCCCUUGGCGUCAAAAAGUUUAAUCUAUACGACUACUUGGGCAACGACUGGGGCAUAAUGUUCAGCCAUCCUAAUGACUUCACGCCAGUAUGCACCACCGAGUUGGCAGAAGCCGUGAAGCUGCACCAAACCUUCAAAGACAAGAACUGCAAACUUCUCGGCUUCUCGUGCAAUGACAUCGACAGCCACAAAGGGUGGGCUAAGGAUAUUAUGGCAUUUGCUGGUUCCUGUGGCGAUCUUCCAUUCCCCAUGGUGUGCGACGCGAACCGGCAGCUGGCAGCCUCCUUGGGAAUUAUGGAUCCUGAGGAGAAGGACAAAGCUGGACUGCCCCUCACAUGCCGCUCAGUUUUCUUCAUAAGCCCUCAAAAAAAGUUGGCGGCGUCCAUUCUUUACCCAGCAACCACUGGCAGAAGCUUCAAAGAAAUCCUCCGAGUUCUUGACUCACUGCAGCUGACCGAGGAGUACCCCGUAGCCACCCCUGUGGAGUGGACCGCUGGUGGGCAGUGCUGUGUGAUACCACAGCUGUCUGAGGAGGAAGCAAAGAAAAAGCUACCCAAGGGAAUGCAGAAGAAGGAACUGCCCUCGGGCAAGGGGUACCUCAGACUGACACCUGAUCCCAGGAACUAA